GCUUCCCUAGACAACAUGGCGUCUAGUUUGGAUUUACGUUUUGACGUCGUAUCAAACAUAGGGGGAAGUUGCUCGGUCCGUGUGACGUUAACCAAUAAAGGUCGCUCUGCUAUAAGUCCAAGCGACUGGAAAAUCUAUUUCAACGCAAUACGAGAGAUGCGUCAAAAUAUUGAUCCUUUUGGAUCGUCAAACUCGAAAAUGACCGUGCUUCACAUAAACGGUUAUCUUUACGAGCUGACGCCAACUCAGUACUUUCCAAACCUACUCCCUGAUAACAAAGUUGAAGUUGACCUCAGCGCUUCGGGCGUGAUCGUUGCCAAGACUGACGUCAUGCCAAACUGGUAUGUGGUCGUGAGUGGUUUGGAACCGAGGAUCCUGGAAAGCACCAAAGGAGAGAGUUUGAAUUUCGUUGGAUCAUUUAAUUCAGCCUCCAAAUGGAAGCGCUCUGCACAAGAUUUGUAUGAUCCUUUCACUCCAGAAAAACGCUUCGAGAUCAAUGACAUUGCAGACCUCAAAAGACCGGCACAUCUUAUUAUACCGACUCCACUGGUUUUGAAAUAUCUAAGCAAGUCCCAAAGAGUGGAUUUGAAUGAUGGAAAGUGGAGUAUUUUCGCUGACAGAUGUUUGGAUAAGGAAGCUCAAUUUCUGGCAGGUAUGUGUUUUAGAAAUGUGUUACACUGUCUAGGGGCAGGGCUUAUAGUAUCUGUAACUCAUAAGAUGAGUAAUUUUCCGGGACUUUGUGGUAGUUGUCCGUCAAAUAUAUUAUCUGGUUGCUUGUCUUUCUGUAGAAAACUCAAGAUACGACGAAACAGAAUUGGAAAACCGUCACGCAAGGUUAUUGAAUUGAAGAUUGGUACCAUUGAUAUAAAAGACAAGAAACGUGACAGCGAUGAAGCAUACAGCAUGAUGGUUGAUCCUUCGAAAGAAGUCGUUAAGAUUGUUGGUAAAACUCCGACAGGGGUGUUCUGGGGAGUCCAAUCAUUCCUGAGUAUCGUGAGCGAGGGUAAGGCACCCUGGGUCACCGUGAAGGACGCUCCGAGGUACGAGUAUCGAGGACUGAGCAUCGAUGUUGCUAGGAACUUCCUCCCCAAGAAGGAGGUGAUGAAGAUUCUGGAUGGGAUGGCAAUGUUCAAGAUGAACAAACUUCAUCUUCAUUUAACCGAUGACGAAGGAUGGAGACUGGAGAUUCCUGGAUUACCACAGCUUACAGAAGUUGCAUCACAGAGAUGCCAUGAUCUAAAAGAAAUACGUUGUCUAGAGCCUCAACUAGGAUCAGGUCCCUUCACCAACACGUCUGGCAGUGGUCACUAUACUGUCAAGGAUUACCAAGAACUCUUGAAGUACGCAAGAGCACGACACAUUGAAAUCAUCCCAGAGUUUGACCUCCCUGGUCAUUCACACGCCGCCAUCAAAGCCAUGGAGGCAAGGUACAAAAGGUACCGCGACAUGGGCCAAAAUGACAGUGGGCUGAGGUUCUACUUGAACGACUUAGAGGACCAAUCUAGUUACCAAUCAGGACAAUUUUUCUUCAAUAAUUCUGUUAACCCAUGUAUUGAGACAUCUUACCGCUUCGUGGAAAAGCUGGUACACGAAGUGCAAGCUAUGCACAAAGGGAUUCAACCACUGAAAGUCAUCCAUUUUGGAGGUGAUGAAGUUCCACUGGGCGCAUGGAGCCUGUCUCCCGCCUGCGAAAGGUUAUCCAAGAAAAUCAAGUCUGGUUAUCCGGACUGGAAGGCGUUUUUUAUUCGGCGUGUCGCUGAAAUUGUUGAAAAAUACGGUGUCCAUUUGGGACUGUGGGAAGAUGGAUUAAUGGAUCAUACACACACGCCUAUAAUAAGGGAGAAACUGGGCACUGAUGUGUUUUACGGUUACGCCUGGGGAAGUACAGUGAAUCUUGGUUACAGACUAGCAAAUGACGGAUACAAGGUAAUAAUGACUCAGGCGUCCCAUCUGUAUUUUGAUCAUCCAUACGAGCCGGAUCCAGAAGAAAGAGGUUUAUACUGGGCCACACGAUACACAGACACUCGGAAGGCAUUUGGCUUCAUGCCUGAGCAUUUGUAUGACAGCAUAGAGACUAACGGGGAUGGCAGGGCGAUCGCUGAUUACUGUACUGAAGCUGGAGACUGUGUUUCACCGCAAAAACUUGACAAUAUUAUCGGCUUAGCCGGCGCCAUCUGGUCAGAAACAAUAAGGACUCCCGCUCAGUUCCAGUCCAUGAUAUUUCCAAGACUUCUUGCAGUGGCCGAGAGAGCCUGGCAUGAAGACGCUUGGGAAAAUGAGAGAAAUAAAUUGAGCAGAAACAAAAUGAAGGAGGAAAGCUGGACAAAGUUUGCUAACACUCUGGGGCACAAGGAUCUAGCUCGCCUGGACAAACUGGGUAUAGCUUAUCAUAUUCCUCUUCCGGGAGCCAGAAUUAUCAAUGGAGUUCUCGUUACAAAUAUAGCAUUUCCCGGUCUCACUGUUGAAUGUAGUAUUGACGGCGGCCGAAGUUGGUUUGAUCCUAACAAGGCAACCGUCAUCAGUGGUAAAUUACUUUUACGCACCAGGCUUUUGCUAAUAUUUGCCAAACGUUUGUGGCAGAGAACUUUUGUUAUUUCCUGGUAUCUCCUUGCCCCAGUCCUGAUACGCGGAAUUGAGCAAAGUGAUAUCAACUACAUGGUCUCGAAUCUGAAGGUUCGAUAUGACGUCAUUGACAAUCUCCAAACAUCUUUGAAGGACGAGAGAAAAACGUUUAGUGCCCAGAUCACUUUAACAAACGAGGGAGAGGUCGAUAUUACAGCAGGGGACUGGGCACUAUACCUUUGCUCUAUCCGUAUGAUAGAGGAAGAGUACACGGCUCAUAAUCCCCAGGGAUUUGAUCUCCCUGGGGGACAGGGCAUUACUGUUACUCACAUCAACGGAUGCUUGUUCAAGUUUGCGCCUAACAAAGACUUCCAAACGAUGAAACACAACGACAGCCUCAUUCUAGCGUUUAAUGCCUCGUUCUGGUGCGUGUCUAAAACGGACGUCAUGCCAAACUGGUAUAUAGCCGCUGACGGUUUGCAGGCUCGGACCAUAAUAAGCACUGCUGGAGAGAAGCUUAGCUUUGUGGGACCGUUUGAAACUUCCAAGAAAUGGAAACGUUUUCCAAGCGACUUAUACAAUCCCUACACACCAAAAAAGCGCUUAGAACUUGGUUUAGUGAAGGAUCUUAAAAGCGCACCGAAUAUUGUGAUUCCUACCCCUGUGGAGGUGGAACGAGAUGAUACAAAAAGAAAAGCUUACUUUGGAACUGGAGACUGGAUCGUUGUGGCGCCAAAAGAGCUGGAUACAGAGGCAAAAUAUUUAGCCAAGAAACUAGGAAUAAACGAGGUAACAACUGGUGCCAGCAGACGUCUUUUUCGAAUUAUCUUACUGACAAUUAGCAGUGUCACCAUCCGAAAUAAACACACCACCAACACCGAGGCUUAUAAACUGGAUGUUAACACCGACAAGAUGAUCAUUCAACUAACGGGAGUGACGGCAGUUGGAGUGUUCUGGGGUGUGCAGACAUUAUUAAGCAUCACGCACGAAGGACAAGUCCCCAAUAUUAUAAUCCACGAUGAACCGAGAUUUGAAUACCGCGGAAUGAGCGUAGAUGUCGCCCGCAACUUUGUUGACAAGAAGGAAGUUUUCAAACUACUUGAGGUCAUGGCGAUGUACAAGCUUAACAAGUUACAUUUUCAUUUAACGGAUGACGAAGGAUGGCGGUUGGAAAUACCUGGUCUGCAGGAAUUAACUGAGAUUGGCGGCAAGCGAUGCCACGAUCCUCGUGAAAGAGUUUGUAUUGCGUCGCAACUCGGUUCUGGUCCAUUCACUGGGAAUUCAGGAUCUGGCUUCUAUACUACGAACGAUUAUCGCGAGAUCUUACAGUACGCUCAAGAAAGGCACAUCCAAGUUAUCCCAGAGUUUGACAUGCCUGGCCACGCCCAUGCCGCCAUAAAAGCCAUGGACGCAAAGUUUGAAAAUUUGUCGUCCAAAGGCUACCUAAAAGAGGCUGAAAUGUACCACCUUUCGGAUAAGAACGACGAAUCAAAGUAUCUAAGUGCUCAAAACUUCAAAGACAACUCCAUCAAUCCAUGCCUAGAGUCCACUUAUAACUUCAUUGAAAAGGUCGUCACCAGUGUCCAGAAUCUACACAGUGGUAUCCAGCCUCUUGUGAUCUUUCACUUCGGUGGAGAUGAAGUUCCACUUGGGGCCUGGACCGGGUCACCCGAGUGCAAAGGAUUGGCAAAGAAACUGGGACUCGAUUUUACCGGUAAACAUAUUGUCAAAGAGCUCACGGAAUAUUUUGUUGGUCGUGUUUCUAAUAUCACGAAUCAGCACGGGCUUGAUCUUGCUGCUUGGGAGGACGGACUCAUGGGAAUUGAAGAGGAACCUUACUUACGCAACAAACUCUUCAACAAAAAUAUUUAUUCCAACGCUUGGGAUAAUGUGUGGGAGCUUGGAGAGGCAAACAGGGGGUAUAAGCUGGCAAAUGCUGGCUACAAGGUUGUGAUGACCCAAGCGACUCACUUAUUUUUUGAUCACCCAUACGAGCCUGACCCGGAGGAGCGCGGUUAUUACUGGGCAACAAGAUUCACCAACACCGAAAAAACUUUUGGUUUCAUGCCUGACAAUCUUUAUGCUAACGCUGAUGUUAAGAGAAAUGGAGAGCCGAUCACGAACUUGUGUGAGAAUAUGUACAAGAAUAAAUGUGUAUCCUUGAAAAAGCCCGAAAAUAUCGCAGGCAUGUCGGGAGCAUUUUGGAGUGAGACUGUGAGAACUCCUGAACAGCUACACUCGCUCAUUUACCCCCGCCUGCUUGCUCUGGCCGAGAGGGCAUGGCACAAGGCUGAGUGGGAGAAAGUCACUGACAAAACCGCGAGAGACAGGGCCCAAGUCGAGGACUGGGAACGAUUCUCCAACACACUGGGAUACAAAGAGCUUGCACGUUUAGACAAGCAAAAUAUUAAGUACCAUCUACCACCUCCAGGGGCAAUAGUUACGGACGGCAGGCUCAAGGUCAGUGCCAUCAUUCCAGGACUUAGAGUCCAAUACACCACGGACAAUGGACACACCUGGCGUGAUGUCAGCGACGAAACCCUUGUGUCACAGAGCAUAAAGAUUGGCACGAGGUCAGCGGAUCGCCGUCGUAUGAGCAGACUCGUAGAGAUCAAAUUUCAAGAGAAAAUCACAAGAUCCAGCCGCGCGAGCCUGGUUCUGAACGUGGAAUUCUGUCUCCUGUUCCUUACGUCACUGAUGCUUUCAUGGCUUUAAAUUGAUUAUAGAGAGUGCGAACAUUUCAACGUCAAUCAGUUACGGGAAUUUUUAUGUGAAAUUUGUAUUUACCGUAUGCUUUUUACUUCAAUAGAUGAUUAAAUUGAUGAAACAAUG